AUGAUGAACGCUUUUUGGUGGGGUCAUGGUGGCUCAAGAAAUAAAGGUUUAAACUGGCUAUCCUGGGAAAAGCUCUCUGUUCACAAGAAUGAUGGAGGGAUGGGAUUCAAAGAUCUGGAAGCUUUUAAUGUGGCAAUGCUUGGUAAACAGGGUUGGCAGUUGCAAACAAAUACGGAAAGUCUCGUCUCAAGAAUCUUCAAAGCUAGAUACUAUCCGAACAGUUCCUAUCUAGAGACUAAACUGGGGCAUAACCCUAGUUUUGUGUGGCAUAGUAUCCUCAGCGCCAAGGUGGUGGUCCGUCAAGGAGCUAGAUGGAAAAUUGGCACAGGCUUUGACAUUCCUAUUAUUAGUGAACCAUGGAUUGGUUCAGGAUCCAGUAUUCCCCCUUGUGGGUGA